AGCGACUCCGGCCGCUCCAUGACGCCCCCACAAUCACGCAUCCCACUCAGCUCCAGUGUCAGUGCCAUCGCCGCGACGUCCAUGGUCGAGCCACCCAAAGUCAUCCUCUCAAACUCUGUCAUCCGCGCGCCAAUUUCUGCUACCAUGAACAAGGACGCCUGCUACACCUAUGUGCACAUGCACAACUCGCAGCACGCAGACCUGUUUGAGGAGUUCUGCAAGGAUAAGCUGCCCAAAGACGAUGUUUACGUGCCGCCGGAUCUGCAGCCCGUCAACCCAGAGGAGGAGGACGAUGUCGUUCCCGAUCAGCACGCCGCCUAUGGAGUCCAGAAGGCUACGCAGAAGGCGCGCGAGCCGGCUUGGAAGGACCUGGGACUUGCGGAAUUGAUGGCCCGAGGGCCGGCUCCAACCGCUGUGCCAAAGAGACGCGGCGGAGCCAAACGGAUGGGUGGAUUCGGGCCUCGGUAUACGGGCUUGCCGCGCUAAGGGCGGGAGGAAGGGUUGAUGUAUCGUUUUCGCAAGGCAUUGCUAGGCGUUUGAUCAGGAAGGUAAAGGGUAUCGUCAGCAUCCCGGAAGCAUUAUGGGAGGAUUACGGAAGGCGUUAUGGACAUAGCAUUUGACAAGCGAUCAACAUUAGGAUACGCGUGAUUUUUGCAUCUCCGUCUAGAAGCCGGACGCGGAAAAACGUGACACCAACUACCAUGACCAAACCCGUAAACCAAUUCGUUCCCAAGAAACCCAAACGCCAGCCCAAAUGCCCCGAACCCCACCGGAUCUCCGAUUCCCUCAUACGGCAAUCCACACGCCCCCCGCUGUAUGCCUGCUCACCCUUUCCCAAACAACGCCUCCCUCUCCAGAACCUCGGGCUGAAACUUGACCAAGAACACCGUCUUCCCCGGCCACAUCUCGCCCUCCUCCUUGCCGCCCACGCUAUGCGCCGUCACCCUCGCAGGGAACGCGGCCCCGUCGC